CGCUGCUGACGGAACUCCGGAAAUGACCUUGUGCUUGUGCUCGCCGUGCCUCUCUCCCUUCCCUCGCUCUUCCACUCUCCACCUCUCCCGAUGCUCCCCGAGCAACACCACCGCUCUGCUAUCGAUACUACUCAGCGGUAGUCACUACGCGGCCCCGCACCAUCUCCGAGAUCCGUCUUCUCCCUCCGCCGUCUCUCGGCGCUCCUUCGAGAGCAGAGCUUCGCUGAGCGAGAGUGAAAGCAGCGUCGUCGGAGAGUCGACGGCGAUUCUGAGCGACGGGGUGGUCAGGCGAAGUGUCUGGCGCCGGAGACGCCGACGAGGCAUUGCGGAUCAUCGCGGAGAAGACCGACCGGAGCGGCGGCGUGGUUGGCUUGUCUGAUUGCUGCUCGAUUAUGAACGCGGCGCUUGAGCGCGGCAAUGCUGAGUUGGCUCUGUCCGUGUUCUACGCCAUGCGCGCCACUUUCGAUCAAGGUCUAGGUGAAGAUGGUGCUUCCAUCGACAGGUGGAGAUGGUCCAGGCCCGACGUGGGUGUAUACACACUGUUAGUUCAUGGUCUUGCAGCAUCAUUAAGGGUUUCCGAUGCUCUAAGCGUGAUUGAUAUCAUAUGCCAAGUAGGGGUUUCUCCUGGCGUGGAGCAGGUCCCCUUCGGGAAGGUUGUGAGAUGUCCAAGUUGUAUGAUAGCUGUUGCUGUUGCACAACCCCAAGAUGGUGUUCAAAUUGUUUCCUGUGCCACCUGCCGUUACAAGUACGAGCUAGUUUCUGGUGACAUUAUUAGCAUUGAGUCUGAAGAGAUCAGCAUGGAUAUUCCAGCAUGGAAACGGGGGCUAAGAUUUCUGAAUUUAACAAAACAAACUAUGCCUGCUGCAGUUCACUCUGUUGUGGUACAGACCCCUGCUGGUGUAGCACGCACCCACCGGUUUGCCACUGAAACAGCAACUCUUCCUGCUCAAGCAGGAGAGAGAGUAACUAUGGCUUUAGCAGCUCCAUCAAAUGUUUACCGGGAGGUGGGUCCAUUUAAGUUCAGCCCAAAGGCUCCCAACUUCUACCCUGGUGAGCCUAUGUGCCUCACGAACCACAAAGAUGGAAGGGAAUCACUACUUUUAAGAGCACCUGCAAAAGAUGGAAAUUCAUCAUUGUACAAUCCAUCUGUCCUUUUUCCACUUCUAGCUGUGCUGGCCGCUGGAGAUGCUGCAUCUGGAUUUAUUGAUCCCAGCUUGCCUCAGCUCCUUUCAGUUGGUGCUGUUGCAUCUCUCACAGUUGGGGCUACUUUAAAUGUGCUGGUUUUUCCCCAAUUAAACAGACUACCCCAGCGGUCAGUUGAUGCAACUGCAAUCAAGCAGCAACUUCUGUCUCAAUAUGCCGUACUCCAGUCUCGCAUCAGAGACCUGAAAGAAGCUGCUGAAAAAGAGGUGUGGAUGUUAGCUCGCAUGUGUCAACUUGAGAACAAGAUUUAUGCUGUUGGAGAGCCAUCUUACCGGGCACGGAAAAGUAGAGUCAAAAGGGUGCGAGAAGGCCUGGAAAUCUCAUUGAGGGGACGGAUUGAAUUAAUUGAAAGUUAUGCAAGAAUAUCUUCAAUGAUUGAAAUUGAGGUAGAACUGGAAUCUGAUGUUCUGGCAGCUGAAGCAGCAAGCAACGUGGAAAGUGUUGCGGAACAAAUACAGCAGAUAAUGGAGAUAGAAAAACUUGAAGAGAAAUGGAAGCUACAAGCUGAAGCAAAUGACGAAGCUGAAAGACUCCUCAGUUCGCAACCCAUAGCUGCAGAACAGGAUUAAACUUUAAGUUACUACUUACCCAAUUUUGGCUUGCAGAUUCUUCUACCUGCUUCAUGAUCUUUUGCCAGAUUAUUCAACCGUCAGCAGGCGGGCUUCUUUGAUGUAGUAGGGUGGUACAUGGCAUGCUGAACGGUCAGUCUUUCUGUAAAAUGACAACUGCUGGUCGUAAAGUUCAGAAUCCUUUACCAGUUUUGGGGGGAGAAAUGACCUGAAGUUGGCACUUCUUAUGCACAGUAGUUUCACAAGAUUUGGCUCCUACUAUUUCCUUUCUAGCUGCUUAAGUAUACCCAGAACGGGCUAAGGAGGCUUUGUUCUUAGAUUGUUCUUCUUUUGUCACAGUCAAAUUGAAUCUCCUUUCUCUUCUCAUCAAUGCUGUUCCACAAAGAACAGAAAGUGUCUAAGAAAGAGCGCUUGAUCAAUUCUUUCAAUAUUGAAAAUCAUGGAAUCGCCUUCACAACCGUGAUACUACUGUAAGAUAAACGCUGUUUCAUUUGGGGUCUGAUGUUUAUAGUUGC